AUGACAUUAUCUACUGCUGCAAAAGUGGAAUCAUUGCAUGAAUCCAUCAAAUCACGAGAACAACAGGUAGAAAUAGUGUUUGAAGAAGAAGACCCUGAUUUGAUAUUUCGUGAAAGGGCCCUGGUGAGGAAACUAGAUCGACGUAUCAUGCCUAUGUUGACCGUUUUAUAUAUUUGCCAAAGACUGGAUCUGUCAAAUAUUGGUAAUGCAAAGGUGGAAGGUUUAUUAACGGAUUUGAACAUGAGUGAUGGAGACUUCUCUUGGGUAAUCUCCAUCUAUACCCUUGGUGUGAUGGCUAUGCAAGUCCCAAGUAACAUGUUGAUGGAAAGAUCAAGACCAAGUUUAUUCUUAUCUCUUAUUGUAAUUAUAUGGUCUAUUGUUUCUAUCAUGACUUGUUUUGUUAAGGAUUUCAAAACUUUGGCUGUUGCUCGAUUUUUCCUUGGUAAAAAGCAAGAUAAUGAUAGAACUUUUACUAAAUCCUCUCACUGUUUUGGACAAGAUAGAAGCACCUUAUUUCCCAGCGAAUUUUUAUUAUCCACUUUUUACAAACCUAGAGAAAUUGCUGUCCGUAAUGCUAUUUUUUAUUGUGGAAACUGGUUAUCUGGAGCCUUAGGUGGUGCCUUUGCUGGAGCCAUUAUCACAGGUAUGGAAGGUGUUGGAGGCAUGCGUGGUUGGCGUUGGUUAUUCGUACUAGAAGGUAUUAUUACUCUUCUAAUUGGUAUUGCUUCUUAUUGGAUUCUCCCGGAUUACCCAAGCAAUACAAUGUGGUUAACUGAAGAUGAACGUGAUCUUGCUAUACGACGAUUGGGUCAUGCUGCACCAAAGGAAAAGUUCUCAUGGGAAGGUGUCAAGGCGGCUAUAUUAGAAUACAAGGUAUGGGUAUUUAUCAUUAUCUUUAUGGCUAUUCAAACUGGUGGUCAAAUGAAUUACUUUAUGCCAACCUUUAUCAAGAAUGUGGGAUAUGAUGGUGCUAUGGUUCAAUAUAUGACGAUCCCUGUUUAUGUUUUUGCAGCUGCUCUCUCUUUGAUCAUUGCUGUGUUAUCGGACAGACUCCAAGUACGAUCAUUCUUUGUAGCUUUUUGUAUGUGUGUUGCCUUGGUGGGAUAUGUCAUUCAAGUGACAAGUGAAAAUCAUGCAUUGUUAUUCUUCUCUUUAUUCUUAUGCGGUGGCGGUGUAUGGUCUUCCUUGGGUGUCUCUUUGGCUUGGUUAGGUGAUUGUGUUCCUGGUCCUCGACAAAAGAAGGCAGUGGCGUUUGCUUUACUCAACUGUAUCUCACAACUUGCCAACUUUUAUGCUCCUCAACUAUACAACGAUCCACCACGUUACCUCAAGGCCAACAUUGUGAUUUUAACUUAUAUGGGAUUGGGCGUAAUUCUUUGUUUUGGUUUACGUUUGUUAUUGGCGCGAGCAAAUCGUUCUUUGGAUGCAAAAUAUGGUAAACCCCUUGUUACAAAGACAACUGUGAUUCCUGGUGGAAAUACUUCUGAUGUGGAAAUUGCUCCAGAAACUGGCGUCUCCAAACACUUUAGAUACCUUCUUUAG